GGCCAUCUUGUUUAUUCUUUACGAACAACAGAACAACAGAAGCCAGACCACAGAGUCUUGACCUGCCUAGAGAAGGACACAAAAUCAAGAAUUGCUUCGAGUGUGAGCCACAACACCACUGAUGGCAGAAGCCCCAAGAACAGUGAUGGAGCUGGUGACAACACUAGGCACAAGAAUCGCAAGCUUCAUGUUUGUCUGGGCAAUCAUCCGCCAAUACGUCCCUGUUGAGCUACGUCGCAACCUGGAGUCCUACACACACAGACUCCUCGACUACUUCUAUCCUUACAUCAGAAUCAGCAUCCAUGAGUUCACCGGGAGCCAUCUCAAGCGCAGCGAGGCUUACACCUCUGUUGAGGCCUACCUCAGCACCAACUCAACCAAGAAUGCCAAGAGGCUCAAAGCUGAGGUGGGAAGAGAUAGCAACAAGGUCUCGUUAAGCAUGGAUGAACACGAACGAGUGGCUGAUGAAUUCAAUGGCGUACAGGUCUGGUGGCUUUCGAGUAAGGUUGUGUCCGUGUCACGGGCCAUGUCAGACUAUCCGGAGCCAGAGAAAAGAUUUUACAGGCUUAAGUUUCAUAAGAAACAUAGGGAGAUGAUAACCGAGACUUAUUUGGAGCAUGUAUUGAACAAGGGGAAGGAAAUUAAGAGGCAGAAUAAGCAGAGAAGGCUUUAUACUAAUAACAGUGGCAGCAGCAUAAAGUAUUCAGGCCGCAGGAUGUGGAGUCAUAUUGUGUUUGAGCAUCCGGCUACAUUUGAAACUUUGGCAAUGGAACCGAGCAAGAAGCAGGAGAUCAUUGAAGAUCUGUCGACGUUUAGCAAAAGUAAGGAUUAUUAUGCAAGAAUUGGUAAGGCGUGGAAGCGAGGUUACCUGCUUUAUGGUCCGCCAGGAACUGGAAAAUCAACCAUGAUUGCUGCGAUGGCUAAUUUUCUGAGCUAUGAUAUUUAUGAUCUUGAGCUGACGGCUGUCAAGGAUAACACGGAACUAAGGAUGCUUUUGAUUGGGACAACAAGUAAAUCAAUAAUUGUGAUCGAGGACAUUGAUUGUUCACUUGAGCUUACUGGUCAGAGGAAGAAAAAAGAAGAGAAACCUGACAAGGGGAAGAAGGAAGCUGGUAAGGAACCUAAGGAUGAGGGUGGGAGCAAAGUUACUCUAUCAGGAUUACUGAAUUUUAUUGAUGGUUUGUGGUCUGCAAGUGGAGGCGAGCGGAUCAUUGUGUUUACAACUAAUUAUGUUGAGAAACUUGAUCCGGCUCUUACCAGAAGGGGAAGAAUGGACAAACAUGUUGAGAUGUCUUACUGCAGUUUUGAAGGGUUUAAGGUGCUUGCUAAGAAUUACCUGGAAGUUGAAGAUCAUCCAGCAUUUGAUUCAAUUCAACAGUUGAUGACUGAGGCCUUAGUUACACCUGCUGAUGUUGCAGAAAACCUCAUGCAUAAGACCACAACUGAAAAUGCAGAUGUUUGUCUUUCGAAUCUGAUUCGAGCCCUCAAUGAAGCCAAGGACCUGAAAAAGAAUGAACUAGAAAAGUUAGAAGCAAUGUCUUCAGAUAAACAGAAGGAACCAGUAGAGGUGGAAGCAAUGUUGCUGGAUCAACCUAGGGAACCAGUAGAGGUAGAAGAAAUGCUGCCAAAUAAACAAGCAGCAGAAGAAAGUGAAGCAGUACAGGUGGAAGGAAUGCUGCUGGAUCAAUAAAAGGACUAGCCAAAGCUGAAUGAAAUGAUGCCAAAGAAACAAGAAGCUGCAGAAUCAUUAUGUAACUGCAACACCUACAAGUUUUAAUAAAUAUAUACAUUUAGAAAUAAUCUAUUCUACAUCUACUAUAUUGCCACCUAGGUAUAUAAAUAUAUACAUUGGAUCUAGUGGGAGGAUGGUUGUGUUAUACUGUUAUUCAAGAUCCUAGUUGUAAGUCAUACCAUGUAAUAUAUUUAGACCAAAUUAAGGAUACAGAAUUACCAUCCAAAAUAAAUCAUUGUGCAUUA